UGGUCCUUGUGUAAAGCACAAACGAAACCCUGACUCUCACGCUUCAAAACACAAAACCCUCCACCGGAAGCAAUACCCUGACCCUAUAUAAUAUGCAGGCCCGCCCGCUACAAGUCUUUAAGAAACGAUGGGAACUGGCGAAGAUAGGUCGGAGAUAGUGUUUUUCGACGUGGAGACAACUAUACCCACGCGAACUGGACAGAAAUAUGCACUCUUGGAAUUUGGGGCAAUUCUUGUUUGCCCAAGAAAACUUGUUGAACAACAUAGUUACUCUACCCUUGUACGACCCUCUGACCUCUCUCUUAUUUCUACCCUUUCUGUUCGCUGCAAUGGAAUUACCAGAGAUGCUGUCACUUCUGCCCCUUCAUUUGCUGAUAUCGCCGAUAAAGUCUUUGACGUUCUCCAUGGGAGGAUAUGGGCGGGCCACAAUAUACUGAAAUUUGAUUGUCCAAGGAUUCGGGAGGCGUUUGCUGGAAUUAACAGGCUUGCACCAGAACCUAAGGGAACAAUUGAUACACUUACUUUGUUGACUGAAAGAUUUGGAAGGAGAGCUGGUAACAUGAAGAUGGCCUCUCUUGCUACAUAUUUUGUCCUUGGAGAGCAAACACAUAGGAGUUUGGAUGAUGUCCGUAUGAAUUUCGAAGUACUAAAGCACUGUGCAACUGUCUUGUUUUUGGAAUCCAGCCUGCCUGAUAUAUUAACCAACAACAGUUGGGUGUCUCCUAAUGCUGCUGUAAGAAGUCGUGCUAAUGGAAAUACUAAUUUGGAGGGGAUGGGCUUGAGUAUAGAUACACUUUCAUCAAGUGUCAAGAUAGGAAGUCCUAUGAAAUCUGUUGCAGAAGCUUACACAGAAUCAGACAAUCCAAUACUUCCGCAUGUGAGCAGAAAUGUGGAGGAGGUACCAGAUCUUAUUGAAACAAAUUCCUCGAGGCCUGACCCUUUUAACUUGGUCCAAUUCAGUGCGGAAGUAAGGGAAUUCAUUCAGUUAGAUGCAAUGGAAGAAGAGCCUGCUUCAUAUUCUCGAGAUUCUUCUGCGUCAAUUGCAACAGAGGGUUACAUUGGCUUCACAGACUUCUUAGAACCAAAUAAAAUUUCAAUUUCUUCCGUUUCCUUAAGUCUUUCCCCCUUACAUCGUGGAAUGCAGAAGAUACAAAUCUUGCACAACAAUGCUGAGUUGCAAGUUCGCUCUAAAUGCCUGAAGGUGCGGUUUGGAAUUAGUACAAAGUUUGUGGAUUAUGCUGGUCGGCCACGGUUGAGUUUUGUGGUGGAUGCAUCAUCAGAGUUAUGCCAACUUUUGGAUGCAAUUGAUAAUCUUACUCAGAAGUUGACCGAGGAUUCAGGUAGCAUGUCAGAAUGGAGGCCUGUGGUAAACAGAAAGCCUGGCUUUAUGAACUGUCCUACCGUUCGUUUAAAUUUACCAACUGUUGUAGAUGGUAAUAUCUCCCGCUGGGUCACAGAGAUAUACCAGAAAGAGUCUUCCACAACACAGAAGCUUAUGUUCAGUAGGUUUGAUGUGACAGAACUGGAUUCCUUGAUUACUCCAGGGACUGUGUUGGAUGCAUACUUCUCAGUGGAUUCAUAUGACUAUCAACAGAUUGCAGGCAUCCGCCUGGUGGCUAAAAAGUUGAUUGUGCAUUCCUCCCUGAUAGAUAAAGCGACUUGUCGAUUGACAUAACAUAAUAGUUGUACAGUUUGCUCCUAUUGUCUACAUAGGAGUAUCCUGUACAGUCUGACAAGAGAAUGCUAUUCAAAUUGUUUACUCUAAUCUAAUAAUUUGGGUGGUUCAUCCACUUAUUAUAAGUUGAAUGACCUUUAUACACAA